UUAAAAAAAAAGUGUGAAGCAGAACAGUGCGUGAGCACGAUCCAACCGAAUAUAAACAUGACUGGAUAAAGCUAAAUACAUGAGGUUUCCCAAAAACUGUUACAAAGGUAAAACUGUAAACACUGCGUUCUACAAAAUUCAUUCAUCUUUCUUCACCACAGGCCCAAAGAAACGUGAGAAACGUUAAUUGAAUGAAGUUGUGUGCAUGCGUACGUUUUCUCUCCGCUGUCACGAGGCCUUUUGCAUGCCAUUCACCCUUCGCAUCGACGCCAAAGGGGUUGCUAAUGUUCCGUUGUGGGAUGCACGACACAGCAGCAAGUCCUGACUGAAAAAGGUGGAUGCUCUUCAAAUUCAGCAGCUGGAUCAUCUUCAAAAUGGAAAAAUGCUCCAGACGCUUACCUCGUACCCGCCCUGACUUUGUUUUGAAACACUCCGGAACAGAAGAGCCAAAGAUGCAACGUGUGCAAAAUGAGCACUUAAAGGAAGCAAAUAAGAGGACCGAACCCGCCGUUUCCCCAAGAGACCUGGAUGAUGAACUUGUCCUGCAGUUGCUUCCUGGAGCUUCCCGGAAGAAAACCAAAAAAAACACACACACAGGACUGGCAAGAACCAGAGAGGAAGCUUUCGCCAUGGACACCGCUUCGAGUCGGGACGAGGCAACCAGACCCGAGAGGGGAGCGGAAUGUGCACGCCAGAGAGCGGACAGGAUUGGGAUUUUUGCCGUGAUGAGUGGGGGAGCGCGUCAGUGGAGCCGCGUGAUGCUCGUGCUCUACGUGGGGCUUCUCGGCGUGUCGGUAAAAGCUCAGAACUGCAGCUACACACUACAAACUUCCAACGGGACGAUAGAGAGCCCCGGCUAUCCUUACGGGUAUCCCAACUAUGCCAAUUGCACCUGGGUGAUCGUGGCAGCUGAGCACAACCGGAUACAGCUAGUAUUUCAAGGCUUUGCCCUGGAGGAAGACUUUGACAUCUUGUCCAUUUAUGACGGGCCAUCAAGUCCCGGGAACCUGCGGACAAGGUUAACUGGGUUCCAGGUGCCGUCACCCAUUGUAAGCACAGGCUCCAGACUCACUUUGUGGCUGCUAUCUGACUACGCCGUCAGCGGCCAGGGAUUUAAAGCAUCCUAUGAAGCUUUACCCAGCUACAACUGCGGAAAUCCCGGUGUGCUCCUCAACGGUCACCAGCAAGGGGCCACGUUCAACAUCGGAGACAAAAUCCGCUACAGCUGCAACCCGGGUUAUGUGCUGGAGGGUCACACCACGUUGUCUUGUCUUGCUACUUCAGCGGGCACUGCUGCAUGGGAUUUCCCCCUACCCUACUGCAGAGCAGACGACGGGUGUGGCGGGACGCUUCGCGGCCAGAGCGGGGUGAUCACCACUCCCAAUUACCCUGCCGAGUACAACAAUAACGCCGACUGCACGUGGACUGUCCUGGCCGAGCCGGGAGACACCAUUGCCUUGGUGUUCUCAGACUUUCAUCUGGAGGAUGACUACGACCUGCUGGAGGUCAGCGGUACAGAGGGCUCAUCGCAAUGGUUCACUGGGCCGAACCUCCCUUCCCCAAUAAUUAGCAGCAAAAACUGGCUUCGUCUGCAUUUUAUAUCUGACGGCAACCACAAGCUGAAAGGUUUCAGUGCUCAAUAUCAAGUUAAGAAGAUGACUGAGCUGAAGUCUCGAGGCGUAAAGAUGCUCCCAAGCAAAGACAACUACCACAAGAUAUCAGUGUUGUCUCAGAUGGGUGUGGCACAAGGACACAACAUGUGUCCUGACCCUGGCAUCCCAGAUCGGGGGAAAAGAAAAGGCUCAGACUUCAGGCGAGGAGCCACCGUGCAUUUCUCCUGCGACGAGGGCUACGAGCUGCAGGGCUCCAAGAGCAUCAGUUGUCUGCGGGUGACUGACAGCUACGUGGGCUGGAGUGACGAGCGGCCCAUCUGCAGAGCCCCAAUGUGUGGAGGUCAACUUAGAGGACCUAGCGGUGUCUUGACAUCCCCAAACUACCCGGUCCAAUACGACAACAACGCCAACUGCACUUGGGUCAUCACUGCGACGGACACGUUAAAGGUGAUCAAGCUGACUUUUGAGGAUUUUGACCUGGAGCGAGGCUAUGACACGCUGACAGUGGGGGAUGGCGACGUGGUGGGCGACCAGAAGACCAUCUUUCACGUCCUGUCAGGUACCACCACUCCGGACCUCGUGGUCAGCACUAGUCACCAGAUGUGGCUCAAUUUCAAAACGGACGACACUAGCGGCUCUCUGGGGUUCAAGGUGUCUUAUGAAGAAAUUGACCAAGGCAGCUGCGGCGACCCUGGCAUCCCGGCUUAUGGGAAACGAGAGGGGACAGGUUUCCGUCAUGGGGACAAGCUGUAUUUCGAGUGUUUGCCUGCCUUCGAGCUCGUGGGAAAGAAGAACAUCACCUGCCAGAAGAACAACCAGUGGUCCGCCAAGAAACCCAGCUGUGUUUUUUCCUGUUUCUUCAACUUCACCACACCCUCAGGAGUGCUGCUGUCACCAAACUACCCGCAAGAGUAUGGCAACAACAUGCACUGCGUUUGGCUGAUCAUCACAAACCCGGAGAGCCGAAUUAAUUUGGCCUUCAACGACUUGAGCAUGGAGAAACAAUUUGACUUCCUCUCGAUUAAGGACGGGGGGAAGGCCGAGUCUCCCAUUCUGGGCACCUUCUCCGGUGAUGUUCUCCCUCCUCCCAUAACAACCAGCGCCCAUGUCGCACGCCUGGAGUUCCUGACUGACCACACGUACACAAACAGAGGCUUUAACAUUACUUUUACGACAUUUCGCCACAAUGAAUGCCCCGACCCAGGAGUCCCGGUCAAUGGGAAGCGCUUUGGUGAAAGCCUUCAGCUGGGAAGCUCCAUCUCGUUCCUGUGCGAGGAGGGAUUUGUUAAGACGCACGGCUCGCAAACCAUAUCCUGCAUCCUCAAGGAUGGCAAUGUGGUUUGGGACAACGCUGUUCCUCGAUGUGAAGCCCCCUGUGGAGGAGAGCUGAAGGCUCCCAGUGGGAUCAUCCUCUCUCCUGGUUGGCCAGAACUUUAUAAGGAGGCCCUUAACUGUGAAUGGAUCAUUGAAGCUCCUCCAGGCUACCCCAUCAAAAUCAUCUUCGACAAGUUCCGCACUGAGGUCAACUACGAUGUCCUCGAGGUCCGUGAUGGCCGUUUUCCCUCUUCACCACUGAUUGGAAGUUACCAGGGCACUCAAGUUCCUCAGUUCCUCAUCAGUACCUCCAGUUUCCUGUAUCUCCUCUUCUCCACCGACAAGAGUCACUCUGACAUCGGCUUCCGAAUACGCUACGAAACCUUGCAGCUGCAGUCCGAUCACUGCGUGGACCCGGGCAUACCUGUCAAUGGACUGCGACACGGCAAUGACUUCUACGUGGGCGCUCUGGUGACAUUUAGCUGUGACGCGGGGUACACGCUCAGUGAUCCGGAGCCUUUAGAAUGCGAACCCAAUUUUCAGUGGAGCUGCCCGCUGCCUAGCUGUGAUGCACUGUGCGGGGGUUACAUCCAGGGCAACUUUGGCACCAUUCUGUCUCCUGGCUUCCCAGACUUUUACCCGCACAACCUCAACUGCACUUGGAUCAUCGAGACCUCCCACGGCAAAGGUGUACAGUUCAACUUCCACACUUUCCAUCUGGAGAGCCCUCACGACCACUUAUUGGUGACAGAGAACGGCAGCUUUUCACAGCCACUGUGGAGAUUGACAGGCUCCACGUUGCCGCCGCCUCUGAGCGCCGGUCUCUUUGGGAACUACACGGCUCAGAUUCGAUUCCUUUCUGACUUCUCCGUUUCGUACGAAGGGUUCAACAUCACAUUCUCUGAAUAUGAUCUUGAACCAUGUGAGGAUCCAGGAAUCCCCCCCUACAGUACCAGGAAGGGGCUCCAGUAUGGAGUGGGAGAUGCCCUUAUCUUUUCCUGCUUCCCUGGUUACAGACUAGAGGGUCCUGCGAGAGUGGUGUGCUUAGGGGGCAGGAGGCGGAUUUGGAGUUCCCCUCUGCCAAGGUGUGUUGCUGAAUGUGGCUCCUCCGUGACUGGCAUGCAAGGGGUGCUUCUCUCCCCCAACUACCCCAGUUACUAUGGCAACAACCAUGAGUGCAUUUACUCCAUCCAGACGCAGUCGGGCAAAGGGAUCCAGCUCCGAGCGCGAGACUUCCGACUAGAGGAGGACGACAAACUCAAAGUGUUUGAUGGCAGCAGUAAUUCGGCUCGUCUGCUCGGAGUGUUUACAGGCAAUGACAUGCUCGAUACGACCUUGAACUCCACCUCCAGCUCCAUGUGGUUGGAGUUCAUCACCAAUGCAGACAAUACCAGCAAAGGCUUUGAGCUACAUUUCACUAGCUUUGAACUGGUGAAAUGUGAAGAUCCCGGCACACCACAGUUCGGCUACAAGCGAGAAGACAAGGGUCAUUUUGCAGGGAGCACCGUGUCGUAUAGCUGCGACCCCGGCUACACCCUGAAAGGCCCCGAGGUGCUCACUUGCCUGAGGGGGGAGAGGAGGGCAUGGGACAGCCCCUUGCCGCUUUGUGUUGCUGAAUGUGGGGGCACCAUUAAGGAUGAGGCCACCGGUCGGAUUUUAUCUCCUGGGUACCCUGCUCCGUAUGAACAUAACUUGCACUGCGUGUGGACCAUCGAGGCCGCUCCUGGGAGCACUAUUAGUCUGCAUUUCCUGGUUUUCCACACCGAAGAGAUCCACGACGUGCUUCGGAUCUGGGAUGGGCCCCAGGACGGCGGGGUCCUGCUAAGGGAGUUGAGCGGCUCCGCGUUGCCGCAAGAUGCUCACAGCACCUUCAACGCCAUCAGCCUGCAAUUCACUACUGACUUCUUCACUAGCAAGCAAGGCUUCGCAGUGCAGUUCUCCGUCUCUACCGCCACCUCAUGUAAUGACCCGGGCAUGCCGACUAAUGGGACCCGCGGCGGUGACAGCAGGGAACCAGGGGACCAUGUUUUUUUCCACUGUGACCCUGGCUACAUCCUGCAGGGUGCCAACAAAAUCACCUGCACUGAGAUCAGUGGUCGUUACUUCUGGCAGCCAGACCCUCCAACUUGCACAGCUCCAUGCGGCGGCAACCUGAGCGGUCCAAGUGGGCUCAUCCUUUCUCCGGAUUAUCCGGAACCUUACCCUCACGGGAGAGAGUGUGACUGGACUGUUACUGUCACAGAGGACUAUGUCAUCGCCCUCAACUUCAACCAAUUCAGCUUAGAGCCCAGUUAUGACUUUUUACAUAUCUAUGAUGGGCCAGACUCACUCAGCCCUUUGCUCGGAAGCUUCUACGGCACAGACGUUCCCGAUCGGAUCGAGAGCAGCUCCAACAAGCUCUUCCUGGCCUUCCGCAGCGAUGCCUCCCUCAGCAGCAAUGGAUUUGUACUUCAGUACACAGAGAACCCGCGGGAGUCUUGCUUUGAGCCGGGUCUGGUGCGCAAUGGGUCGAGGGUGGGAACCGAACUCAAGCUGGGCUCCGCCGUCGCUUACCACUGCGACAGUGGCUACACACUAGAGGGAGGACAAACCCUCACAUGCAUCAUGGGAGCAGAUGGCAAGCCAAGCUGGAACAAACCCAAACCCAUCUGCACUGCGCUGUGCGGUGGACAGUACUCUGGUUUGGAAGGAGUGGUCCUGUCUCCUGGUUACCCUGGCAACUACAGCACUGCAAGGAUAUGUCUUUACUCUGUGGUGGUUCCUCAAGAUUAUGUGGUCUUCAGCCAGUUUGCAUUCUUCCAAACAGCUCUGAAUGACAUUGUGGAGGUUUUUGAUGGUCCCACACAGUCUUCCCGUGUUCUUAGCUCUUUGUCUGGAGCACACACAGGCGAGUCACUGCCAUUGGCGACCACCAACCAAAUCCUGAUACGCUUCACUUCCAAAAGCCAAUCCAGCUCGAGGGGAUUCCACCUGGUCUACCAAGCUGUCCCGAGGACCAGUGCGACCCAGUGCAGCUCGGUCCCCGAGCCCCGGAAUGGCCGACGAAUGGGCAACAAUUUUGCUGUUGGCGCUGUGAUUCGCUUUGAGUGCAGCCCAGGUUAUGUGCUCGAGGGAUCGAGCGCCACUGAAUGCUUGACAGUGCCCAAUGCACUGGCACAAUGGAACAGCUCCAUCCCCAGCUGCAUAGUUCCUUGUGGAGCUAAUCUUACCCAUCGUACCGGGACCAUUUUGUCACCUGGAUUUCCAGAGCCUUAUCUCAACAGCCUCAACUGUGUCUGGAAGAUUACUGUUCCAGAGGGAUCAGGAAUCCAGAUCCAGGUCAUCAGCUUUGUCACAGAACAGAACUGGGACUCCUUGGAGUUGUUUGAUGGAGGAGACAACACUGACACUUUGCUCGGAAGUUUCUCAGGCACCACCGUUCCAGCUCUCCUCAACAGUACUUCCAACCAACUAUACCUCCACUUUUUCUCCGAUAUUAGCGUGUCUGCUGCUGGAUUCAGGCUAGAAUACAAAACUGUGUCACUGACCAGCUGUCCCGAACCUGUGGUUCCUAUGAAUGCCAUCAAGGUUGGGGAGCGUCUUCAAAUGAAUAACGUGGUGUCCUUUCAGUGUGAACCGGGAUACACACUCCAGGGGAAUUCACACAUUACCUGUAUGCCUGGAACUGUCCGAAGAUGGAACUACCCUCCACCUCUAUGCAUCGCCCAAUGUGGAGGAAUCCGGGAAGAGUUGGAGGGCAUGAUACUCAGCCCCGGUUUCCCUGGCAACUACCCUAGCAACAGUGACUGCACUUGGAGGAUCUACCUGCCAGUUGGUUACGGAGCUCACAUCCAAUUUCUAAAUUUCUCCACUGAAGCCAACCACGAUUUCCUCGAAAUACGCAACGGACCCCUGGACACGAGUGCCGUCAUUGGCCGAUUCAGCGGGCAGGAUGUUUUUUCUUCGCUUCUCUCCACUUCACACGAGACUACCGUUUAUUUCCAUAGUGAUCAUUCGCAGAACAAACCAGGAUUCAGGUUUGAGUACCAAGCUUAUGAGCUUCAGGAGUGCCCAGAUCCAGAGCCUUUCCGCUAUGGCGUGGUGGUGGGUGCCGGCUACAAUGUGGGCCAGUCCAUAUCCUUUGAGUGUCUGCCCGGGUACCAGCUCGUGGGACAUUCCAUCCUCACCUGCGAACACGGCACAACCCGUAAUUGGGAUAAUCCGUUUCCUCGAUGUGAAGUGCCUUGCGGUGGAAACAUCACUUCGGAGAACGGGACCAUCUUCUCCCCACGCUACCCAGAAGAGUACCUCAACUCGGCUGACUGUUCCUGGUUGAUUACUGUGGCUCCUGGCUUUGGAAUCAAGCUGAACUUCACCUUACUUCAUGUUCACGGGCCUCAUGACUUCAUCACGGUUUGGGAUGGCCCACAAGAAACGGCAAGGAAACUAGGUGUCUUCACUGAUGGCGAGCCCAAUGACCCCCCUAGUAGCACUUCAAAUCAGGUCCUGAUCCGUUUUCGUAGCAACACAGAGAAAGGUGGAUUAUUUCGCAUCGACUAUCAAGCUUAUAGGCUUCAGUUCUGUCUGCCUCCAACCAUCAUUCCCAAUGCAGAGAUUCUGAUGGCAAGCAAAGAGUUUAAAAUAGGUGACAUCGUACGCUACAGGUGCCUCCCAGGCUUCCAGCUCAGCGGCAACGACAUCCUCACGUGUCGCUUAGGGGCACACUUAGAGUUUGAGGGGCCUCCGCCCUCAUGUGAUGUGACAUGUCCCAUGAAUGAGGUAUUGACAGCAUCCACAGGCGUCAUCAUGAGCCAGUCACCGGGCACCGGCUUCCCCCAUUUUGAGUCGUGCUCCUGGGUCGUCAAAGUUGAGCCCGGCUACAAUAUCACUUUCACGAUAGAGCAUUUCCAGACCAGCCGUCAAUUUGAUGAGCUUGAAAUCUUUGAUGGUCAAUCAAGACAGAGUCCUCUUCUAAUCACCCUCAGUGGAAACUACUCCAGCCCGCUCAGCAUCACCAGCUCCAGUAACAAAGUUUACCUGCAUUGGUCCUUUGAUCACACGACCAGCCACAAAGGCUUUCGUAUCCGUUACUCAGCGGCUUACUGCAGCCCGCCCAGCAACCCUGUAAACGGCACGGUGCACAGCCUGACAGGCACCAAGUUGGGAAGCACUCUGCGUUUCAGCUGCGACCAAGGCUUCCGACUCAUUGGCCAGAGCAGUGCCACCUGCACCCGCAAUGCCCAGGGGAUCUAUCAGUGGAACGCACCAGUGCCGCUCUGCCAAGUUACGUCCUGCGGAAUGCCAGUGCUUCCUGUCAAUGGCAGCAUUGUGGGCCAGGACUUCUCUCUCGGAGCCAAGGCUACAUACCAGUGCAAUCCUGGAUUCCGACUUGCCGGGCCUCUCACCACCACGAUGAUCUGUCAGGAAUCUGGAAGGUGGAGUCCCAUUGAGGCCUCUCCUAGAUGUGUCCCGGUGACCUGCCCUGAUAUUGGCCACUCUGCAGUACAACAUGGGCGAUGGAGAUUAAUCUAUGGAACCCAGAACCAAUACGAUACUAUAAUGAUGCUCAUAUGUGACCCGGGGUAUUACUACAGGGGUCAAAGGGUCAUUCAGUGUCAAGCCAAUAGCACUUGGAACUAUCCAGAUCCACAACCUGUCUGUGACAUUAUCUCCUGUGGUGAUCUUGGGACUCCACCGAAUGGCAACAAGAUAGGAACACUGACUGUGUAUGGAGCCACUGCAAUUUUCUCCUGCAAUACAGGUUACACUUUAGUAGGUUCCCGUGUUCGGGAGUGCAUGUCCAAUGGACUUUGGAGCGGAACACAAGUCCAGUGUCUGGCUGGCCACUGUGGCAACCCAGAGCCUAUUGUUAAUGGGCAAAUUAAUGGAGAGAACUACAACUAUAGAGGUAGUGUUGUGUACCAGUGCAACCCAGGAUUUCGUCUCAUCGGAGUGUCUGUGAGGAUCUGUGAACAGGACCAUCGCUGGUCAAGACAAACCCCAGUUUGUGUCCCUAUCACAUGUGGUCAUCCUGGUAACCCCACAUUUGGGAUGACACAGGGAAACCAGUUCAGCUUAAAUGAUGGCGUUCGCUUUGUCUGCAAUACCGGAUAUGUUCUUCAGGGUGCUGUUGAGUCCAACUGCCAGGCCAAUGGGCAGUGGAGUAAUCCUCUCCCUCGCUGUAAAACUGUGAACUGUACAGAGCCAGGUCAUGUAGAAAACAGCGUUAGGCAAGUCAUUCCCAGUGGACCACAUCGCUACAGCUUCCAGACCACCGUGUCAUACCGCUGCAACACGGGGUACUACCUGUUAGGAACGAGCUCUAUUGCCUGUCAAGGUGACGGUACCUGGGACCGCUCCCUGCCCAAGUGCCUUUUGGUCUUGUGUGAUCGCCCCAGCAUACCCCCCUACGCCCAGAUCUCAGGUGACCGUCGAACCGUGGGCUCAGUCAUCCGCUACAGCUGUAUCGGCCAGCGCACCAUCAUUGGCAACACCACGCGUAUGUGCCAGCUGGAUGCGCAAUGGAGCGCCUCACCGCCUCACUGCUCUGGCGAAUCCGCGGGUCUUUGUGGAGAUCCAGGUGUUCCUGUGCAUGGCAUCCGGUUAGGGGAUGAAUUCACAGUGGGCAGCGUGGUGCGCUUCAGCUGUGAGCCAGGUUACACGCUGAAAGGUUCUCCGGAGCGAAUGUGCCUGGCCAAUGGGACUUGGAUAGGGACCCAACCUGAGUGCCAUGUCAUAUCCUGUGGAAACCCUGGUACUCCUCGAAACGCCAUGAUCCUGGUCCACGAUGGCCUAACCUUUUCCAGAUCUAUUACGUACGCAUGCAGGGACGGCUACUACUCUACUGGCCUUCUUACCAGACACUGUACGAUAAACGGCACCUGGACCGGCAAUAUGCCCGAGUGCUCUGUAAUCAACUGCGGUGACCCAGGAGUACCAGCCAAUGGCGUGAGGUUGGGGAAUGAUUUUAUCUACAACCAUACGGUCAGUUUCCAGUGUUCUCCUGGUUUCACCAUGGAUGCCGACCGUGCUUCCACCCUCAUCUGCACCAAGGCUCGCACCUGGAAUAGCACCAAGCCUCUGUGCAAAGCAAUUGUCUGCGGUCCUCCGCCGAGCAUUCCUAAUGGACAAGUUGUUGGUACAGACUUUAACUGGGGCUCCAGCAUCAGCUAUUCCUGUAACCAAGGUUACCAGCUGUCACUGCCCACCGUGCUGACUUGCCAAGGCAAUGGCAAUUGGAGCGGGGAGAAACCACAGUGCUUUCCUGUGUUCUGCGGAGACCCAGGCUUGCCUGCUCAAGGGAAGAGGGAAGACCGAGGCUUUACCUACCUUUCCUCGGUCUCUUUUUCAUGCUCCCCCCCAUUGAUCCUGGUGGGCUCUACCAGGAGGUAUUGCCAAUACGAUGGCUCCUGGAGUGGAACUCAGCCCUCUUGCAUUGAUCCCACUCACACCACCUGCACGGACCCGGGGACCCCUCUCUUUGGUAAUCAGAACAACAGUCAAGGCUAUCAGAUCAGCGGCACGGUUUUCUUCAACUGCAGAAAAGGCUACCUACUGCAGGGCUCCAUUUCUCGCACAUGUCUCCCCAACCUCACUUGGAGUGGUUUUCAGCCCGAGUGCAUAGCUCACCACUGCAGCCAGCCCGAGCUGCCAGCCCAGACGGACGUGCGAGCCAUUGAACUGCCAUCCCUUGGCUACACGCUGAUCUAUACGUGCCAGCCCGGAUUUUACUUGGCCGGAGGAUCAGAGCACAGGACUUGCAAGUCUGACGGGAGCUGGACAGGGAAACCACCUCUCUGUGCAGCUGACAACCGUCCGAGUGGUAAGAGCCCCGUGGGAACAGUGCAGGAGCCUCCUUCCAAAUUACCAGUACCCGGCGGAGUAUUUGCAAAGAACUCUCUCUGGAGGGGAUCCUAUGAGUAUUUGGGGAAGAAGCAGCCAGCUAUGCUCAGCAUCACUGCCUUUGAGUCAUUUAGCAACCGGGUGAAUGGAACACUACUUGACCACAGUGGCGUGGAGCUCAAACUGGCCGGUACCUAUAAAAGAGAAGAAGCCCAGCUGCUGCUCCAGGUUCACCAGAUCCGAGGUCCCGUGGAGAUAUUUGUCAACAAGUUCAAAAUCGACAACUGGGCUCUAGACGGACACGUGUCCUACAUGUCUUCAUCCAACUCCUUCGUGUACCAGGGAUUUGUCCGUGGUAAAGGCUUUGGGCAGUUUGGUCUGCAGAGACUGGAGAGUUUAGAUCCCAGCAGAGACAACACAGCCUACAACUUUGCCUCCAACAGCAGUUCAGUGGCAGCAGCCAUCCUAGUGCCUUUUAUAGCGAUGAUCAUCGCAGGCUUUGCCCUGUACCUCUACAAACAUAGAAGAAGACCCAAUGUCCCUUUCAACGGCUACGUGGGCCAUGAGAACACCAAUGGACGGGCUACGUUCGAGAACCCAAUGUAUGAUCGCAACAUUCAGCCCACUGACAUCAUGGCCAACGAGACCGAGUUCACAGUCAGCACAGUGUGCACAGCUGUAUAGCGACCACUUCCUUCUCAAGUCAAGGGAGGAGAGGUGCACCCGGUCUUUGAGGCCAUCCCUCUGUCAUUCCUUAAGCAAGAAGGCGAGACGAAUCUUAUUUUUGUGUGGUGCAAAAACAGUCGAGAAACAACUCCAGUGGAAAAAUAUCCUCCCAAAAAAGAAUCAACGCAGCAACAUUCAACAACAAAAUGCUUUAUUUUUAUUUUAGUAUUUUUUUUUUUUUUUUUUUGGGGGGGGGGGGGGUUUAACGUCUUACCACAUCCUGAAGAAAUGUUUGCACCUGAAACUGCAUUCCAGGAGGAAGUAAUGCUGGAAGCAAAGCUGUGACAACUCUCCAUGCCGCCUAAACCCAAAAGGAAUUUUGUGAUCAAAAGACCUGAACCUGUUGCGACCAGAGAUCAACAUACAAGUCAGCUGUUUGGCAGACAUUUUAUUUCAUGAUUUGCUAUGGUUUCCAAUUGUUUUGUUUGUAUUUGCCUUCACCCUUUACGCUGCUUGCUUUCUGUGAUGAAGAACUCUUCUACGCCCCCAACCAUCUGUUCCUGAGGCAGUUAAAAGGUUUCAUCCACAAGUUUGCACCACCAGAGGAUGGAUUUAAAAGCAGUGAAGGCCAUGUUGGAGACAAACUUUUGGCCCCUGCUGUUUUUGAGCUUGUUAAUGACUUUUGUGUUGAAUUCAUCAUGCUGGGCAGUGGUGUCCAGUGGAGGGCUUUGACGGUGCAAAGGGCUGCAGAAAACACUCGUAGUCAUCCGAGGCGAUGCAUUUAUUUGUUUUUAGUUUUUUCUUGGUAUCUGCAACCUGAUCCGGUAGUCUAAUUUCAUCGCUUUUCUGUGCUUUUUUUUUAAAUGUGGCUUACCACUCUGCCAUCACGGUCACUUAAAUCACACAAAUUUCACACAAACUCAAAAAAGCAGAAUCUCAUCAAUGUAAACGUAUCUUGAGAUAUUUUUUUUCCUGUUUCCAAAGAGUUGAAGCUGCAGCAGUUACAGAACAUAAAAUGUAUGUUUUCACAAUUAUUAUGAUGCAGUUUAACAACUAUAUCUCCACAAUUAUUUUACUUUUAUUACUAAAAAAAAAAGUAUGGGGUUUAUAUAUCAGUGUCAUCAUUAAUCGAGGGAGAAAAAUACAAUUGAUUAUUUCAUAGAUGUCAUUUUCUCUGAAAUGUUCUGGCUCAUGAACUGAUGUCAUGCUGUUCUUCUUGAGACCACCAAAUGGUUAAGAACAGCACCUCGACUGGUCACAGCCAAACAGUCCACUCGGUUCUGCCUCCAUCUCUCCAAGAUGCGAUUUUUCAGCGAAUGAUUCAUAACAAAGCUUUUGGUUACUAAAAAGCUUCAAUUAGUUCCAAGAAAAUCAGACGCAAGAGCCCAAACCCUUUCUGUUUGGAAAAAAGGAAAGCUAUUGUGUUGUCAGCGUGGCAGCAUUUUUGCUUGUGAGUCACGACAGGGUCUACAAAUGCACACAACUGGUACAGGUGUGAUACGCUACAUUUGUAGAAAACAAAAGCAUCACCCACAAAAAAAUAUAUUGUCAUUGUUCCAACCUCUAGACGCUUUGCGCUAAGGGGACUUUUUUCAGUGUGAUGUACGGAUGAAUCAGUGAGUAACUUCAGUCGAAUUCCGUUGUGGUCUUUUCUGUAAGAUAACUUCUGGCAGCUUUGUUCCGUUUCAAAAUAAUAAUAAAAUAAAAUGUAGCGUUGCUUUGUUUUGUCUUGACUUGGCAUGAAUAGGUUGCAGAGGUCUUCUUGAAAGUUGUGACGGUGGUGGGCAAGUUGCUGGUAUACUCUGAUGUAAUAUGUUUUUCCCCCAAUAAUGUAAAUAUUAUUUGGGCUCCCAGAAUUAAGGAAAGAGCAAGAUCUGUGAUACUCUUUUUUUUUCAGGCUGACACUUGUCGAGAGAAGUCAAUUCCUUAUAGGAGGAACAAAUGCUAAACGACAUUUUCUGUGUGUAGAUGUGUUUGGAUGUGACUCGGCUCCUGGCUAUUUAUAUCUUAGCACCUGUACGGAUGCCGUCACGGGGGUGAGUGCUUGACUUUCAACAGACUAAAUGGAGCCAUUAGUUGCAUUCCGGUGUAAUUUUGCCUUGCCACAUUGAUGACUGUGAAUAGCCAUCUAUUUUACCCCCGGGGUGGAUGGAUGGAUUAUACAACUGCAGUAUUAGAACAGAAUGCAGAAGAGUGGCUUUGACAUAACAAGCAAACAAAGUCUUUCUAAUCACCGACAUACAUGCAGUAAUUCCCCUCCAAAAAUCUAGGCCUUUGAAACCAAUCACUGUAAUGUUCCUGGAAUCAGAGUGGCUGUGAGCUGGUAAUUGCUUUUACUAUGUUAUUACUUUUACAGCCCUCACUUAUCGCAACGCCACAGAUAGAAUAUUGCCCCUUGCCAGUCUGCUGGGGAAUUGAUGGGAAAGGAAACAAUUGAAUUCCCUCGGAGAUUCCGCAGGGAGCGGAGAACCCGUGUUAUCUAAGCAGGCGUUGCCCUUCAGUUCUCCAAAAAGUUGGGAGGGGGUUCUUUUAUUUAUUUAUUAUGUUGGAAUAUUGCUCAGAGUAUUUCUCGCAGCGUGGAUAUUUUCAAGUAGUCCCUCCCUUUUAAUUGAGUUUCCCCACUACAUUUUUCUUUGAACGGAUAAUAAUGCCCUUUCACAAGAUUAAUUGUGUUAGCGCUAAACUAAUGCGAGUGGCGAACAAGCCGCGUUUAGACUACGGACUUUCUAACGACACUGGUUAAAUUCUGGAUUAUCUAUACAGCGAUUGUUUGUGUGCAAACACAAGGGCUCAGUCGAAAAUAUCAGACCCGAAGCUUUCUCCUCUGUAUUUUUCUACCCUCUCCACUUUCUAAUAAGCACUUUAUGUUCAUCAUAGUGCCUUGUCAUGACCUCAUUAUAGUGGUGUGAUAUCUCCAAUUUGAAAUGGCAUAGAUCGGGGUCUCUAUUACUCUUGCUGUCCAAUCUUGAACAUAAAGUGCAUCUACAACAGUUACAUGCCGACUGAAGGAACUGCAACUUAUUCACAGAUUUUUUUUUUUUAAUUUAGAUUUGUGAUGAUUGAAUUUUUACUCAGCUUUGCCUUUUUGUUUUAAGUCAUUUGCAGUGUGUAAAUGUAGUUUAUUGUGUGGAGGGACUAACUUCAGUUGACUUAUAUGCAGUAUAUGCUUGCCUAUGUGUUUUGAUCGGUCGUCGCAUGUUUUGGGAAGAUUGGAAGUAUCAACCAAAGAAAUCGAUCAUGUUCAGCUUUUAUUGUCAAUGUUGCAUCACUUCUACUCAUAAUGCACGUUUGGAACGGGGGCCAGGUCUUUCUCAGUAUCAAUACUGGGUGUUUCAUGACUAGAGAAUUGCUACAUGUGCACGGGAAUAUUUUGUAACCUUAUGGGUUAUUCUGCAAAGUUUUUCCUGAAGAAAGUGCACUGAAGCUUAAUGGGAAAGUUAGAGUUAUGCUUUAAGAGGUAUCCGGCACAGUCCUGGUUCUCUUUGCAUAUUUAAAGGCAUAGAAUCUGUCCAUCCUCUACACACUUUUGUUAUCAGCAAGGAACAGCUCUCUUCGGCUCCCCAUCUCGUUUAUAAUGAAACAGACCCUCUGCUCUGCUUCCCGUAGAGUUCUCGAAAUUUCCCGUCAGUCGGCGAGGUGAUUAACAGCUACCUUUUUUUUUUUCUUGCUCAUUGUAAUGCAACAGUUUGUUUGUACCAAACAAUCCAUCAACAUAUUUGGGGUCAAUUAUCCUUUGUUACAGUAUCUCCACUAUCUCCUUGUGUUGGAGGCAGCUGUGCCACAGCCACUCACUCUCUCUCGCUCUCUCACUGCUACGUUAUUCAGUCCCAAUGGCAAAUGCAUUUCAUCUCCAGUUUUCAGCAAAGCCCUUCUGACUCCAGCUCAAGAGGGAAAGAAGGAGAGAUGCUGACGCUUACGGAUUCAGAAAAUUGAGUUGAGUUCAAGGGUCGGUAAUUUGUCUGAAUGUACUUGAUUUCACUGUGUGUCUGAAUUUGUUGAUAUUAAGAGUUCAAAAUCAGUUGUUUGCCAGUAUUGUCAGAAGAACUGAUUUUCAGUGUAAGGAUGUUUUCUGUGUGCUGUUCUUUGCAACCAGGCCCACCCACCACCCCCCCUCAACCCUCUCAAAAAAAAAAAAGAAAAAAAGGUUUUUUUUCUGUUAUACAAAAGCUUGGAGAAUCUGUGAACGGGCCACUGGAUGAGACCAAAUCUCAUGACAACUCAAAAGCACCUGAGUGAGCUCCAUGUAGCUCUUUAACAGACUGAACAGUCAAACAGCGAAAAGGCAAAGACUGAUAGAUAAAGUCAAGCGGUACAUGAAAGAAACAUGGACAGUCCAGUCUGUGUCGUGUCGCUAAUAAAGAUAUUAACAAAUUGAAAAAAAAAAUACAUUUUUGUACAGAGAUAUAUUUUUGUGAAAACACAUUUGUAAUAUAAAAUGGAAAAAAAAUUGAAUUGACAUGUCAUUUUCCCAUUAUUGUAGUACAAAUGCUAGUGGGGAGUCUAUGGAAAUUAUCUAAAUAAAUCUAUAUAUAAAUGUAUACAAAGAAAAAAGGGGGGAAAAAGCUUUUUGUAUAUGUAAAAAGAGUGUACAUAAAAGUUUACAUAAAUAUUGUACAUAUGUAAGACCCACCAUGGCUUGUCUGCAAUAUAUAAAUGUAUUUUAUCCGUCUGUAUAUGAUGCUUUGCAUUGUGUCUAAGCUUAUUCUACUUUCUUGAAUUUGAAACUUAUUUUG